AUGCUCUUCUUUGGCGGCAUUAUUUUUGGCUUUAACGCUCUCUAUCCGGUCUUGAAGGCGGAAGGCAUCUACAGCCAUGUCUGCAAUGAUAGCCAGUUGGUUGUCGGGUGUCCUGAACAGACAGCUGUAUAUGGCUAUGCGUUCACCACCUACACAGUGCUUCAGAUGGUGAUGCUUCUGGUGAUCGGUCUGGCAGUAGACAACAUCGGACUGCGUACGGUUAAACUAUGCUCUGCCUCCCUCUUCUCUCUUGGCGCACUUUUCUUCGCGUUCACUUCAGCCAACCAAUCCUGGCUCCUCUUUCCGGCUGGUUGUUGUGUUGCCGUCGGUGGUAUGGGCCUCCUAAUCUGCAACUUCUCCAUCAGCAAGCUUUUCACGAAAGCAUCUGCUCUUGUGCUAGCUUUAAUCACCGGCUCAUACGACUCAGCCGCCACCGUGUUUGCUGUAGUUUCAAUAGCCUACGAGGCCGGCCUUUCCUACAAGGCAAUAUUUUUGACGAUAUCCAUUGUCAGUUUGGUUCUAAACACCUUCAGCAGCUUUUUCAUUCUCACCGCAAAUUUGGCAGACAUGUCAAAAUUCAACACUACUCAAGUUCUACUUGUGUCCACGCCGGAGGCAGGGAAGCUGGAUGGGGAAGACGGGGAAAGCCUUGGCGAUAACAGCACCCAGAUUGAGAAACUCAAGCAAGAAGAUUCCACAGGCGACGAUCGCACUCCUAUAACAGAGGACGAACAGAUUGCCAACAUUCUGCACCGACGCUUUCCCACCGUGCUCAAAUCUCUCCUUUCCCUUCCUUUCAUGAUGGGACUCCUAUUCUUCUCUUGCGCUCUCCUCCGAUUCACCUUCUUUCUCACCCAGCUCGGUGCCCUGAGUCAAUUUCACCUUGAGCACGCAGAGGCCGUCGCCCGGAUGGGCAGGAUUCUUUCCUUUGUCCUUGGUGCUGGCAUUAUAGGUGGCUUUUGCUGUGGCUCGACCAUCGAUUGUUUGCGAGCCAAGUUUAGGCCACUGAUAUCUCGCGCACUGACCGCGGAAAGCAGCAACAGCGACGGAGAAGUGCCAGUGAACGAGUCUGCAGUCUUUUGGUUGCUCGUCUCUCCCCAGUCGGUUGCCAUGCUGGUUAUGAUAUUGGCCACCACAGUAAGCAGCUGCCUCGUGUUUGUACCCAGGGAGGAGGCCUACUAUGUCCACUUUUUCUUCCUGGUCAUCAUGCGAGGCUUCCUCUUUAGCACAUUUGCCUCCUUCCUUCUAACCGGAUUUCCACUGGAAUACUUUGGAACUCUCUAUGGAGUCAGCGCCUCUCUGGCUGGAGCCUUUUCCUGUCUGCAGUACGCACUGCUGCAGCCCAAUCCAAAUUUGGCCAAUGGUAUUGCCUUCAUUUUUGUGGCCCUCGCGCUAAUUUUGCCCAUCUGGGUCCUGAGCAAUGCCGCGAGGGCCCUGAGAAGGGUGGCAUACGGUUCAAAAAUUGGAACAAAUGAAAACCUGUCGGCUGUUUGUCAGUUAUGA